AUGAACAGCAUUGUAACUAUCGUUUUAUUGUGCGCUGCAGUGCUUAAUGCGCAGCCCCUUGGAUUAGGCGGUAUGGGCCUGGGAUUAGGCGAGUUGGGUACAGGUGGCAUGGGUGUAGGUCUCGGCGGGGUGGGCAUGGGUCUUGGUGGCUUGGGUACAGAUCUCGGCGGGUUGGGUACAGGCCUCGGCGGGAUGGGUACAGGUCUUGGCGCGAUGGGUACAGGACUCGGCGGGAUGGGAGUAGGACUCGCUGGCAUGGGAGGAAUGAGCGGUGGAUAUGCUAACGGAGCGGGCUACGGUGGACAACGGUUCGGUAGCGGUGCCAGUGGAAUUGGAAAUCAGGGAUAUCAAAGUUCAGGCAUCGGUGGCUAUCAUAAUGUUGGUGCUCAUAACAAUAGAGUAUUAUCCGUCAAUCAAGUGGACAACUCCGGAUUCCACAACAUUGGUGGUGGAUCAGCCUUGAACAAUGGUGGCUUCGCCAACAAUGGUUUCGGUGGAUACCAAAACGGUGGGUCCUUAAUGGGCAAUGGAUACGGCGCUGGCUCACAAGGAAUGAUGAUUUGA